GGCUAAGUGAGGGACAAGAUAACACUCCCACAACCCCCCAUUCGCACUCCCAAAGAUAAUAGAGAAGGAGAGAGCCACAUACUUCAAGAGAGAGGUGAAAAAGAAGCUGGCCGCAGAUUCGUUUUCCAGUAGAUAGGGUUGCUUGUUGGGUCCAUAACUUGAGAUUCACUCGUCUAAAUAAGGCGUGUGGGAUACCAAAAGAAAGAUCUCAAGACUAGGAAUCCUUGAAGGUCUGGUUUGCAUCAAUCGGAGUAGUGUAAGGCUUCCAAAUAGUCCGAGCAAAACACAACCUCAGAAACGGAUUUACUCUUCUAAAGAAACGAGUUCGCCGGAAAACACCCAUUCUAGGGGCUGUUUUCGUAUCAACGUUUAGGGGUUGAGCUAGCACUUUGAGGAGGCUGUUUAACACUCAUACUUAAGCAAGGAAUCAGUUCUUAAUCCACCUUGACCGAAGCUUUGAUCAUUGAAUCAAGAAGGAAAGGCUUAAAGCUCAAUUAAGCUGCGGUCAAAGAGAACCCGAAGCAAAUAGCCUUUCCGGAUAGCUUUUUGCUGCGGUUUAAGUUAGGACCGUAGCAAUAUGUAUACAGAUAUUAAGCUAUGUGAUGCGGACGAACACUGACCACAACAAUUGUGUGGAACGUAUUUACUCUUUAGUACUUGGGCAUUUUCCUACACUGCAAAUUCCACAAGCUUCCCUAAGCACCGUUCUGCCCAAGUGGCCGCCGCCCCUCUCUUCGUAGCACACCGUCGUCUCUCAACAGCACACCGCCAUCUCCCAGCAGCACAGAGCCGUUGUCUGCCUAUCAACAUCAAUCGGACAUCACCGCUCCUCCAGUUCUUCGAGACAAGCUACAGUCGCCGCCCGAAGUGGAGACCACUACACUUUCAAUUGCCGCUUCUUCAUGUUCGCCCCCUCCGGUCCUCUUCCACCUCUUGCUUAUUGACGCCUCCUCUUCACUAAUUAGAGUGCCAGGCCUUCUGGUGCGCCCCACGCCUCCUGGCUUCUGUGAGUUCUAGUACUCCUCUUUAACUCUUUUAUCGAUUACCUCAUACUUCAUAGUUGUUGAUAAAUACUUGGUUGAUUUGUUAAUUAAUUCAUAUAAUCGUAUUCACAAAUCAUAAUUGUUGAUUGUUUUAGGUUGAUUUGUUCUGCCUUCGGCCCUUGUUGACGUCAAGAUUAGUUGAUUUCUUAAUUAAAUAAAUUUUUGGAUUUUGAGUACUGAUAUAGUUUCUUUGUUAAUGUUGUGUUCUGCUUAUUUUUUAAGUUAUUAGUUGAUUAGUUUAUAGUUGUUCACUUGUUGAAUUUUAAGUGAUUAGUUCAAUUUUGGGUUAUGUAAUUAAAUCUGAAUAUUUAUCAGUUUUAAAUCUGACACAAUAUGUCAACAAAUGCAUACCAUGGGAAGACUGAUAUUGCAUGGAAGAUGAGAGACAUGUUGUUGGUGAUCAACCCUACUCUAGUAGGACAAUAUAAUGGUUUUACACUUUUACCUGGAGUUAUUUGGUGGUUUCUUUGAAAGUCGUAUUGUUCUAUCAACUAGGUGGAUGAGUAAAUUGAAGACUCCAAAUUUAUACAGUUUUAAAGCAGACCCUGCUUGGUGUAAUGUUCAUUCUAAGAAGUUUGCUAGGAAGUUCAGAGGGAGCUAAGGGGCUGAUCUAUGCCUCACAAUUCUAUUCACAAACCUAGCAUACAGAUUAUCUUAGUACCAAUUCUAUUCAUAAUUCUAUUCACAAUUCUUUGAAAGUGCAUGACUGCUGCUAAAAAGUAAAGCUUAAUUUUGCCCAGACCUUUAUGAAUGAUGAAUGCACUGAAAGGUAUUGCUCUUAGUGUUGCUCUUGAGUAUUGCAGGUAGCUACAAUGGCUUUAUUAGCAGCCCUUUGGUCUGAGUUAAAGGUUAUAGGGAGUUAGAGGUUGACUCUUCCUCUAGAGCUCUAUUAUAAAUUAUGAUUGGAAAGCCUCCUCCUGGGCAGUUGAAGGGAUUGGUCAAAGCUUGUAGAGGUUCGUUUGGGACUUGGGUAAAUCAAGGAAAUAUGGAACCAGCUAAGAAACUUGCGGGGAAGCAACGCCAAAGAAAAAUGAAGCAGCUAACAAAUAGGCAUAUUCUAAGAUUGAAUUGUAUUCUACGAUUAAAAUUUGUAAACUCUUUACUCCGUUCUAUUCAUAAAGUAUGUAUUCAGAUUAAAUUUUUGUUGUAUUGGACAAGAAUAAUAUUUUUGAGAUACUUUAUAAGUGACUUUGGUGAUGAUUUAUUAAAAAGGUAUUCUGUUGGUGGA